AUGUUUUCGACAUACACCCUCCGUCGCGUGCCCCUUCUCCUUCGACGUCUCCCCUCCUCGACGACCCCACGCUCUCUUUCAACUUUCUCCAGAUCUGCGUUCAUCAAGCCACCCUACGUUCCCGGUGUGGUGUCGUCGUCGGUUCUACGCAGCCAGAUCUUUGCCCGCGGCGCCGCGAGCACCGUUUCUGGCAGACCUGGCUCUCAGAGCGUCGGGCAGGCCGCUACGAACAUCAAGGAGGAGCUCGGCAACUCCACAGCUGACCUUGCGAAAGUCAUCGCAGGCGGGAAUGUAUACACCGACGCGGUCCAGGCUCGGGAGCACACCUUCCUCGGCAUUACCAACGCGGUAGCCCACUCUGUGCCCACGCCCUACAUCGUUUUCGGCCUCGCCGGGGGACUGCCCUACCUCGGUACCGCGGUCACGACGGCCUACCUCGCGCGCGAAGCGGGGCUCGCAACGGCGGGCAUCACCACGUACAUCGACCCGGGCGUCGCGAUCACUGUGCUCGACCAGGCACUGCACCUGCAGGUGACAUACGGCGCGGUGAUGCUCUCCUUCCUCGGCGCGCUUCACUGGGGUUUCGAGUUUGCCGGCUACGGCGGGAACAAGGGCUACACACGCCUCCUGCUCGGCGCUGCCCCCGUCGUCUUCGGCUGGUCCACCCUCGCCCUCCAGCCCCUCGAGGCGCUGAUUGCGCAGUGGGUCGGCUUCACGGGCCUUUGGUGGGCGGACCUCCGCGCGACGAACGCGGGAUGGACGCCCCAGUGGUACUCGCAAUACCGCUUCUACUUGUCUGUCCUCGUCGGGACCUGCAUCAUCGGCACACUGGCUACCACGAGCUACUGGGGCCCCGUCGGUGGUCACGGGCUUGUUAGCCACGAUCUGGACAUGGUCCGCGCUGAACGCAAGCAGAAGCAGCCUGAGCAGGAAGGGCUUGUUGGCGGAGAAGUUGAGACCGUCGCGGGCGGCGACGAUGCUGACACGUAUGUCGUAAUCAAGCACAAGCACCAUGAGGGCGAGCAGGGCGGAGAGCAGGAACAACAGCAGCAACAGCAACAGCAGUAA